GGGACAGCAGGGCGAAAGGACUUUCUGCUGCGGGAAGUGAGCGCACAUCCAGACGCUUUUCUUACCCAAUUUGUCCUCCCGAAUCCCCCUGUUUUCUCUCUCAGCUUUCCCUCCCGUGGAAAUGAGGACAUAAUCAGCUGGGGGUGGGGGGCGCUGCGUACAAAGGUUUGAAGUUUAUAACUGUUCAGACAGCAGAAGAGGAAGAUGCUGACGUUAGAAGCCAUCGUGCUCUGCCUUCUCCUCGGAACCCUGACUAAUACCAUAAAAGCAGAGUGCAACCAGAGGAGAGAAUGUCCCAUACACUUGUACUUCACCAUAGAUACAUCUGAGACCAUCGCGCUCCAGGAGUCGCCCCCUGGAUCGCUGGUGGAAAGCAUCAAGAUGUUCACAGAGCAGUUUGUACAGCGUUUGAACGAUGAUGACGUCCGGGGCACUGUUAAAAUCAGCUGGAAUAUUGGUGGACUGCACUUUUCCCAGACUCAGGAGGUUUUCAGCCCUAUCCAGGCCAGGAGCGAGUUUAUCACUCGUCUCAGGAGCAUUCGUUACCUUGGAAAAGGCACUUACAUUGACUGUGCUCUCAGAAAAAUGUCAGAGGAGAUGCUGCAAGGACCUUCAAACCCCACACCCCUCCGUUUCGCGGUGGUAAUCACUGAUGGCCAUGUAACUGGAAAUCCAUGUGGCGGCAUCAAGGUGUCGGCAGAGGACGCUCGUGAUAAGGGCAUCAGGAUGUUUGUUGUGGCAGCAUCAACGAACAUUGAAGAGACAGGACUGAAGGAGAUCGCCAACUCCCCAGCGUCGGUCUACAGGAAUGACUUCAUGGCUGUGGAUCUUAGCCAGGGCAGACCUAUUAUACAGACUGCGACAAUGGACCGCAUUAUUAAGACAAUAAGACAUAUGGCGUUUGUAGACUGUUACAACGUGUCCUGUCUGGAGACAAAAGGACAGCCUGGUCCAAAAGGUCACAGAGGACAGAAAGGAGCUAAAGGAGACAAUGGUGAAGCAGGACUUAAAGGAGAAAAAGGUCGCCCAGGUGACCCUGGCAUUGAAGGUCCUAUUGGUCAGCCUGGUACCAAGGGUGAACCAGGUUCAAAAGGCGAGAAGGGAGAGAUUGGAACUCAGGGGAAAAAGGGUGUGGCUGGUAUUCCUGGACGUAACGGAACUGAUGGACAAAAGGGCAAAUUGGGACGGAUUGGUGCUCCAGGUUGCAAAGGAGAUCCAGGCGACAGAGGUCCUGACGGUCACCCCGGAGACAUCGGUGAACGUGGUCCUUCAGGAACUGAUGGAGAGAAGGGUGACCCUGGGCGCCCAGGAAAAGCUGGUCCCCCUGGCCCAGAUGGAGAUGGUGGAGCACAGGGAGAGAGGGGAAGUCCUGGGUCACCUGGCAUUCCGGGAACUAAAGGGUUACCUGGACCCCCUGGACGUCCAGGAGCACGAGGCGAGGAAGGAAGAAGAGGAGACUAUGGGCCUAAAGGGGAUCCUGGACCAGAUGGUUCUAAGGGAGAAAAGGGUGAAAUGGGGCCAGAGGGCUUGAGAGGAAUUCCUGGAGAACCAGGAAGCAAUGGUGUAAAGGGAGACAUUGGUUUGCCAGGACCUAGGGGACCAGCAGGAGCAACAGGGGAUACUGGAAGAAAUGGUACCAGAGGAGACCCUGGUGAUGUGGGACCAAGAGGAGAGCCCGGACAACCUGGACCAAAGGGAGACCCUGGAAGACCUGGCUUUAGCUAUCCUGGAACCAGAGGAGAUCCAGGUGAAAGAGGGGACAAGGGCAAUCGUGGACACCGUGGCAGCAGAGGAGACUGUGGUCAGAAGGGACAACCUGGCAAUAAAGGAACCCCAGGAGAGCCAGGUGAACCAGGGCCCUUUGGGGAGCCUGGACUAAGAGGACCAAGAGGGGAGCCUGGUGGUGAUGGAGAUCCAGGCCCAGAGGGAGAUCCUGGACUUACUGAAUGUGAUGUUAUGAACUACAUCAGAGAGACAUGCGGCUGCUGUGACUGUGAGAAACACUGUGGAGCCUUGGAUAUUGUCUUUGUUAUUGAUAGCUCUGAGUCUGUGGGUCUCACCAACUUCACCUUGGAAAAGAACUUUGUCAUCAACACCAUCAAUAGACUGGGAUCUUUUGCCAAAGACCCUCAGUCUGAAACAGGCACGAGGGUUGGUGUUGUACAGUACAGUCACAGCGGGACCUUCCAAGCAAUCCAACUCAACGACCACAAGAUCAACUCAUUGUCGGCUUUUAAGGACGCUGUGAAACAAUUAGAGUGGAUUGCAGGAGGAACCUGGACGCCAUCUGCUCUUAAGUUUGCCUAUGACAACCUGAUCAGAGACAGCCGCAGAGCCAAAGCCAAAGUAACAGUUGUUGUCAUUACGGAUGGACGUUUUGACCCGAGAGAUGACGACACACUACUCACAUAUCUGUGCAACGACCCCAACGUUGAUGUGAGUGCCAUUGGUAUCGGAGACAUGUUUGAGCAGAUUGAAGAGAAUGAGAGUCUGCAAAGCAUUGCCUGCCAGAAGGAUGGCAGAGUGAUGGGAAUGAGACGGUUUGCAGAUCUCGUGGCAGAGGAGUUCAUUGACAAGAUUGAGACCGUGCUUUGCCCUGAUCCUGUCAUCGUAUGCCCCGAUCUUCCUUGUAAAUCAGAGCCUGCUGUGGCUAGCUGUGUCCAGAGGCCGUUGGAUGUGAUUUUCAUGUUGGAUGGUUCUGAGAGGAUGGGCCUGGAGAACCACCGUAGGGCCAAAGAGUUAAUUGAGAAUGUGGCGCGUCGCCUGACCCUGGCAGACGGGCCGACUGAUGACAGCAAGGCCCGUCUGGCUCUGCUGCAGUUUGGCAGCACAGGAGACCACAAAGAAGAGUUCCCUCUCACACAUAAUCUCACAGUGAUUGUGGAUUCACUGGCAGCUGUGAACUACUUGGAUUCCUCGUCUGCUUUGGGCAACGCCAUCAUCUAUGCUGUAAACAAUCUGGUGAUCAAACAGAGUCAACGGUUAUCACGACGCAAUGCUGAGGUGGCUUUUGUCUUCAUCACCGAUGGAAUCACCUCCACCGACCAGCUGGAUGAGGGCGUGUCCGCCAUGAAGAGAGUUGAAGGCGUUCCCACUGUGAUCGCCUUGGGAAGAGACACCGACGAAGAGGUGCUGCGCAACGUUUCACUGGGAGACUCGUCGGCCAUCUUUAGAGGCGAGGACUUCUCCAUGCUGGGGAAAUCUGCUUUCUUUGAGCGCUUCAUCCGCUGGAUUUGCUAGUGAGGAACUGCAGUGCUCUGCACAAUAGUGUUAGAAACCAUUGAAUGACAGAGGGACCAGCUCCUUCAGUGUACAUGUUAAACCCACACAGAGGCACCAGAUGUAACUCUGUUACUAUUAUCAUUCCUGGAUGAAAAGCACUGAGGUAGCUCCAUAUUGUGUUAGGGAAUAAAAUUUGUUUGCAAAAUUGAAAAGAGCGUAUUCGAGUCCAACUCUAAAACACUUCCAGACAUACAGAACCUGUGUGUCCAUUUAAAAGUCUUGUCAGCACUGCCACAGUAGGUAUCCCACAGGAGAGAUUCGAGAUUAUUGUAUGUUAACCAAGCACUCUAUACAUUUUACAUAGUUAUUUUUUUAUCAUGUUUAGCUUGCAGGAACAAACAUUUAUCUAUCAUUCUCUCUUUGACAAACCUUACACACAAUCUCUUCUUUUAAAACAUUAGUAUUUACAUUAAUGGUGCUAAAAGCAGUUUGGGAUGUUCUGAAACCAUUGUUUUUACUUCAUAUUUUACUGUUAUUAUGGUAGUUUAUACUGGUUAUAAAAAAAACCUUAAAUGUUGCCCUGACCAAGAAAUUUUCCACAUAAAUGCCAAGCAGGUACACACAAAUGCUGUGGUCGAUUACACAUAAGCAAGAAACAGUGAAAUCUGUUUACAGUAAGUUUAAAUAAAGACUAAAGUUUGACCCCC